AUGGGGACGCUUUGGGAGGCUGUGGCGCUAGGUGGUCAGAGCGUGAGACGGGGAGAUGCGCUGCUGGGGGAGAAGCCUGGCAUUACAGAGGUACUCGCCGCAUUGCGCCCGCGACGCCGCCAUGGACUUAGGUGGGUGUCCCGGCUUCCCUUCCCCGAGCCCGCCUGGGCUACCUCCCGCCGCGGCGACCAGGGCGGUGCCGAGCGGCCCGGGCUGAGGGAGACCCCGGGUUGGGGGGCGGUUUGGAGAACAGGGGGUUCCUCAGAGACCGGGGGUUCGGGAGACCCGGUUCCAGCCCCGGCCGCGCCGCUUUGGGGCCCUUGGGGCCCUUUCCACGUGAAGCGCCAAACGGCUGUGAAGGGAAGAUUCCCUGAAAGUAAAGAGGGACCCUUGAAUAUCUGUGAAGAAAUGACUAUUUUGCAUGGGGGUUUUUUGCUGGCCGAGCAGCUGUUCCACCCCAAAGCACUGGCAGAAUUGACAAAGUCUGACUGGGAGCAUGUUGGGCGGCCCAUUGUGGAGGCCUUGAGGGAAAUCUCCGCCACAGCAUGCUCCCAGUCCUUUGCCUGGAAGAGGAAAGCUCUGGUCAUCAUCUGGGCCAAGGUUCUUCAGCCCUACCCCGUCACCCCUUCUGACACUGAAACUCGGUGGCAGGAAGAUGUGUUCUUCUCAGUAGGCAACAUGAUCCCUACCAUCAAUCACACAGUUCUUUUUGAGCUGCUCAAGUCCCUGGAAGCUUCUGGACUCUUUAUCCAGCUCCUGAUGGCACUCCCUACCACCAUCUGCCGUGCAGAACUAGAGCGCUUUUUGGAGCACAUGGCUAUUGAUACUUCUUCAAAGGAUGUGGCCUUCUUCCUCGAUGUCUGGUGGGAAAUGAUGAAGCACAAGGACAAUCAGCAGGACCCCCUGCUCUCUCAGUUUAGGACAAUGGCUAAUAAGUACUUAUCCUCUUCAGAUGAGUUCUCCCAUCCUCCAAAGAGGUUUAAGUCAGACCCUGAUGUGUGUCCUACCAUGCCUUUGUUGGCCAUGCUGCUCACUGGACUGAAGCAAAUCCAAAAUAGAAUCUUGGGCCCUGGGAUGAAGUGCUGUGCAUUAGCCAAUUUGGCUGAUAUGCUGACCGUGUUUGCACUGAUGGAGGAUGACCCUCAGGAAGUGUCUGCACAUGUGUAUCUAGACAAACUGGCCACGGUGAUCUCUGUGUGGAAUUCGGACACCCAGAACCCAUAUCACCAGCAGGCACUGGCAGAGAAGGUAAAGGAGGCAGAACGGGAUGUCAACCUGAGCUCGCUGGCCAGACUCCCGAAUGAAACGAUUUUUGCCGGGUUUGACUUCAUGCGCAGUCUUCUGCGGGAGUGGGGGGAGGAGCUGCAGGCCAUGCUGAAUAGCACCCACGGGACAAAUUAUGACAGUUACCGGCUGUGUGACAGUCUGACUUCUUUCAGCCAGAACUUGAAGCUUUACCUGGGUACCACCAGCUUAUCCAAGGAGGAGAGGCAGGUGGUUUCUGAACUGGCAGAGUGCGUCGGGGAUUUCCUGAGGAAAACGAACAAGGUACUCAACGAGGGCUUGGAGAAAGACAUUACUGCCUCAAUUGCCAUGGCCAUUAUUGAGCAAAAGAUGGAUCGGCAUAUGGAAAUGUGCUACAUUUUUGCUUCUGAGAAGAAGUGGGCCUUCUCAGAUGAGUGGCUUACCUGCCUGGUUAAUAACCAGUCUCUCUUCCGAGAGCCAGAUUUGGUAUUAAAGCUGCUGGAAACUGUGGUGGAAGUCAGCACGACAGACAGAGCCAUCCCUGAAUCUCAGAUCAAACAAGUGAUUGACUUGAUCCUGGAAUGUUACGCAGGCCUCUCACUGCCAGAUAAAAAUAAAGUCCUCUCAGGUAUCCUGGUUGCCUGGGGGCGAAAGGGCCUCUCUGAGAAGUUGUUGGCUUACUUGGAGGGGUUUCAGGAAGACCUCAACACGACCUUUAACCAGCUUGCACAGAGUGCUUCCGAACAUGGCUUGACUAAGGCUGUAGCUUCUGUGGCCCGCCUGGUGAUACUGCACCCAGAGAUCACCGUGAAGAAAAUGUGCAGCAUGGCUGUGGUCAAUCUCGGCACCCACAAGUUCCUGGCUCAGAUUCUCACUGCCUUCCCAGCCCUCAGGUUCACGGAAGAGCAGGGUCCAAAUCUGUCCACCACGUUUGUCGUGUCAUGCCUCAGAGAAACCGUCUGGACAAAGUUCUCUACACCCAAGGAAGAAAAGCAGUUUUUGGAGCUCCUGAGAUGCCUGAUGAGUCCCAUGAAACCCCAGGGAAUUCCAGUUGCGGCCCUUCUUGAGCCAGAUGAGGUUGUCAGGGAAUUCGUCCUGCCUUUCUUGAUGCUAGAUGUUGAAGAGGUCGAUCUCAGUCUGAAGAUAUUUAUUCAGACCCUCGAAGUAAAUGCCUGCUUAGAGGAAUACUGGCUCCAAACCUGCUCUCCGUUUCCCCUCAUCUUCAGCUUGUGUCAGCUCUUGGACUGCUUCAGUAAAUACUGGCAGCUCCCCAAGGAGAAGCGCUGCCUCUCUUUGGAUGGGAAGGAUAUGGUGGUCCAUAUCCUGGAGCUCCUCUGUGAGAUCGUAUUAGCAAAUGCCGAGACCUUCUCCCCAGACACCUGGAUCAAGUCCCUGUCCUGGCUCCACCGGAAGUUGGAGCAGCUAGACUGGACUGUGAACCUGAGACUGAAGAACUUCUUUGAGGGCCACUUCAAGUGUGAGGUGCCAGCCACACUUUUUGAGAUCUGUAAGCUUUCUGAGGAUGAAUGGACCUCCCAGGCCCACCCUGGGUAUGGGCCCGGCACAGGGCUCCUUGCCUGGAUGGAGUGCUGCUGCCUCUCCAGCAGCAUCUCCGAGCGGAUGCUCUCCCUCUUAGUGGUGGGUGUGGACAACCCUGAGGAGGUCAGAUUGUUCAGCAAGGGCUUUCUGGUAGCCCUGGUGCAAGUCAUGCCUUGGUGCAGUACCCAGGAGUGGCAGUACCUUUUCCAGUUGACCAGGAGACUGUUGGAGAAACAACUCCUACAUGUCCCUUAUAGUCUGGAAUAUAUUCAGUUUGUUCCUCUGCUCAACCUGAAGCCCUUGGCCCAGGAGCUCCAACUCUCCGUUCUCCUCCUGAGAGCUUUCCAGUUUCUCUGCAGCCAGAGUUGUCGCAACUGGCUUCCUAUGGAAGGCUGGAGCCAUGUGGUCAAACUCCUCUGUAGCAGUCUGACCAGCCUCCUGGACUCAGUUAGGUUGAUACGGUCAGUUGGCCCUUGGGCCCAAGGAGAAGAACAGGACCUGACCCAGGAAGCCCUAUUUUUUUAUACUCAGGUAUUCUGUCAUGUUUUGCACAUCAUGGCCAUGCUCCACCAAGAGGUGUGUGAACCACUCUACGUUUUGGCCUUGGAAAUCCUCACCUGCUAUGAAACUCUGAGCAAGACCAACCCUUCUAUCAGCGCCUUACUCCAGAAGGUAAAUGAGCAGCACUUUUUAAAGUCCAUUGCCAAGAACAUUAGCCCCGAGGAGCGGCGCCAGACCCUGCUGCAGAAGAUCAGCAACUUCUGACCUUUGUGGAUCAGACAACAGCUGAUGAGGGUGGGGUCUAUAGGGGCUAGAGCCGAGAAACAAAAAAAACUCUUCAGUUAUGUGAAGUUGUAAACAAGCUAAAAAGUAUAUGGCAAUAACAAUGUAAAGAAAAUAGUUUCUUGGGUAUUUGUAACACAAAUUAUAAUCUCAUUUUGAGGUUUGUCUUAUUUCUUUUGAGUCUUUCUCAUCAAUAGUUUAGGCUUAAAUAUGGGUUCAGCUAGAGUCUUAAAGAUUAAAUCAGGCUGCAAGGAAAGUUCAUAAUUGGACUUCUCCAUCCUAAAAUUGGUAAGUUCAAAGGUGAAAUACCCAAGUGGAAAAAUUAUAAGGUGUGUGUGUUCUUUUGCACUGAAACCCUCUUUGAGUCAUUUUGUGGUCUUUUGGAAAAGGUAGCAAUUAAGAAAAUAACUCUCUUCUUCUAUCAAUUGGCCAGGUGAUUUGUGUGCCCAAAAGGCCAGCAGCACUAUAAAAGAAGGUUGGACCAAGAAAAUUUAGUGCUGGGGGUAGAUUAAGGACCUAAAGAAAAUGGAUGGCUUCUGAAUUGAGGACUUCUGCUCUACAGCCUUAACACCAUCCAUUCAGUGUAUCCAGAAGGGCUGUACUAAAACUAGGUCUGGUAAACAGCAGAGAUGUGUUUAAAGGACGAGUGUAAUUACCUUCUGCUUGGAGUAUAUUGUCACAGUUUUGAAAAAUGAGGGGCGGGGGGGCAGGAAAUGGUGUCUACAGAAGCAUAAAAAUAAAUUUAAGGUGUGCAGGCUAUUUUACAGAACUAUGAGCGCUGGUUGCUGAGACAUUUAAUUUGGGAGGCAAGAAAGGGAAAAGGAGAUAUCCCAAUACCUCCUUCACACCCAGGCCCUCAUUCAAAAUGGGGCCUUAUUCAGGUUCCCUCCCCCACCUGAAGUGGGCUAGCUCUGUGGCCUACAAUUGGGUUUCUACCCUCCCAACUCCUAAUUGAAAUUCACCUAGAAAGAGAGAAAAGGGCCUAAAAUUACCUGACCACUAGGCUUGAACUCUGGGACCCUACAGUGUACAGCAAACAUCAAACUCAAAGGCUAACACAGGCCAAAUAAACGAGGCAUGUGGCCUGCAGGCUGAGAGUUUGACAUGCUUGGUGUACAGGAACCAUGAAUCACAGAAACAGUGUUAGAGUAAGGUUUGAGGUAGGCCUUCCUGGAGGCUGAAAGCACUAACACAUUCCCCUCCCCUCAACCCCCCAGCUUUGCGAGUUACAUGAAUAUGAACACAGACCAGAAACAAUACCACACAGCAGCCAGCCAAGUCAGGUCAUGGAUGGGUCUUACAGGAAGUCGGUAUUGAUAUAUUUCACAAAUGAGAGUAAGUUGGGAAAUAUUAGUGCAAUUUAAUCACCCACAGGGGUGAUUUAUGCAAGAUACACUGACAGUGAACAAACCAGUAAAAAAAAAUAUAUCAUUUUGCAUUUUUAAAAUGGCACCCAUUAAAGACUGAAAUAGUCAACAUUUGAGUCACUGUUACCUAUUCAGUACUUUAAAAGUUAAUGGACAACAAUGAAUCAAAAGGCACUUUUUAAAACCUAGCUUCUCACUACCACCUGAAAAAAAAAAAAUUCAUGGUAGCAGUUUGUAAGACCCAUCCUAGUUGAUAAGGAAUGAUUAGUGUUGGCACCAGAGAAUCCCGUUUGCACAUGGUGUGAAGGAGUCGGUUCACAGGACAUGUUUUGGCCAGGGCUGUCUUGCACUCUUGCUCUCCAGCCUUCUGUGGCUAAACGGUGGUGCACUCAGUGGGAACAGGCUUUUGGCCACAAGCUCUGUUAGGAGGCAGUCUAGAUGCGACUUGUCAUGGUUUGGAAUAUAGAACUCCGUUUCCACUUCAUGUGAAAAAGUGUCAACGAGAGGGGUUACGCAUAAAUCGCUUGGUAGCCAUCUUUUCACUCUACCACUGUAGUUUUUAACAAGAGCAUCCUGUGUGUGUGGAUAUGGGGAAAGCUGGGCUUGGAAGGACAUGCCAAAAAGGGAACAGUAUUUGUGACUGUUGACAACAAACUCACAACUUUGACACUGGUCUUAUAGUCAGCCUGCAAAGAUGCAGACCUCUUUUACCUCCUCAAGCGCUUCAGGUUCCCAUCCCUGCCUCCUGCCACCCCGACCCUCACUAAUGAGACUUCUGAUUGGAAGUCAGAUGACAAGAAUUCAAUGUUGGCACAUGGAUGAGGCAGUGGAUUAUCUAGUAAACAAUGAAAAGCUAUCUACCCACAAUGGUUUCCCCAGGCCAACAUAAAUUAUUUCUAGAACCAAGUCAAGAACUGUUUCUGCUGGCCCAGUAUAUGUGGAUAUUGCCCUGAGUGUUUGGAAAGGUGGGUAGCCACCAAUAUGAGGGCCAGUUAGGUGCCCAGGGACUUAUCCUGGUCCACCUGUCUCCACACCCCAUGCUUCUACCUCCCAGAGCCCUUGAGAUAAGAUCCAAGGAAGGCUCAUUGGGCAAAACCACCUUACUGCCAAUGGAGGUCUGACAGUAUCCAACAGUUGUUAUUACAAAAAGUGCUUUUGCAAAAGGGGCAGGUUAGAAGAGGGAGGUAAUAUUCUUUAGAAAAACUCAAUACCCAUCUACUUAUCAAUACCCAAAAGGCUGAGGCCAUCCAGGGCACAAUUUGGUCCGUGGAAUACUGAGUGAAAGAGGCAGCUAGUAUGAAGAGGCACCCUCACUGCCUGACUCCUGGGAGCACUUAUCCAUCCUUUUCGGCUGGGGGAGUAUCAAAGAGCCCGACUGCCUUCUUGCACAGCAGAGAGAACCAGUAGAGCUGGGGAGCGAUGAGGAAGGCAUUGGCCACAUUGCAGAAGACAGGGAUCCUGAAUGGCACUUGGAACAGGCUUAUGUCCUUCUGUUGGGCAUAGGACCAAUACAUGAAGAGGAAAAGAAGGAUCCGACAGGAAAAGAAGGUGGUCAGCGUGAGGAUUCCGUUCACCUUGUACAGAAGGGUGUGCUGCUUCUUUAGCUGCAAAAGAGGGAAGGAGAAUGCAGAGUCAUGAAGAGGUUGGGCCUUCAGGAAAUAACUAGCUCAAGUCCCACAGUAGUAAAGUUCAGGCAUCUAGCUUUCUAACACUUGGAAAAGUUGAUUGAGCAUGGCAAUAUCUGUAUGUGCAUAUAGCCUUGUAGGUGUUUCAGCUGUGAUGCUGAAGCCACCCCAGCUGAUAGGAACACAGGAUGAGAGAAAAUCUAUGGCCUGGGAAAAAAUACAUUAAGGACUGUAUCAAAUUUGAAUCAAACUUACAAUUUUGUCCCCACUGGCUUGGAAGAUCAAUGGACCUUUAAGUCUGUUCAAGGGUCUCCUAUUCCACUAUUCCUAGCAUUAAGGGAUUUCUCUAAACCUCACAAUCUACCAAGGAAAAACAGAGUCUGUACCCCCCUCUCCCCCCGGCACUGUUUCUGCCAUUUCAUUCAUACGUGCCUGAAUCAGAAUUUUGCCCAGCGACACAAAUGGAGUGCUCAGUUCUGCUGUGAAGAUGCAGCCAACGAAGAAGUCCCCCAGCUCUCCCCUAAACCUCUGCAGGUGAGAAGACGAAACAGGGAAAUAUGAUAUGCAGUUUAAGGAACCACUGGAAGGAAAUUCUAGGGCUGCUGAAAAAGACCAUGACAGACCAUGAAGGGAAAAGGAAAUGCUACAUGGACAAGUGUAGACCCAUUUAAUACUCUGCUGCUUCCGUAGCAAUGGAACUUUGAUGGUCGAAUUGCUAGGAUCCAGAGGCAACUUCUGAUAGCUGAUUGCAUCACACAUCAAGCUUUCUUAGAAUUUCCAUGUUGGCCAGAAGGAACUCUGCAGCCUACUUUUGGGUUUCUAACUUAGUCAUGCCAAGGGCACUUAGCCAAGUCAGUUCAACAAAAUAUGUGUCAGAACCCUGUGCUAGAUGUUGGGCAGACUUCUUAAAGAAUGUAGUACACGGUACCUGUAUAUCUUUUCAAGAAAGUAGUAUAGCAGAGAAUAGCAGCUCAAGUAGUACCAGAGUGAGCUACAUCAACUCUUAGAGCCCCAAUUCAAGCAUGUCAAACUCGUGGCCGGUGGGCCGCAUACACGUUAUAGUGCUAACAAUUUAUAAUGUUAUUUCUAAUUAUUCCUGAUCAUUUCUAAUUAUUAGCAGAAAGCUAUGAGCUUUUAAAUCAAGUGCCUAUCACUUGGCAGGCACUCAAAAAUACGAAUUUCCUCUCUGCAUUCCCAUUUCUUCCUUGUUCGGUGAAGUUUUGAUGGGAAAAAUGGAUCUAGGGAGAAAUUAUGCGGCUAUUUGCUUUCAGAGCUUGCUUUUGUAACAUAAGUAAUAAUAAUGCACACAGUACUCUCUGGCAUUGUUAGAGCAAAUAACCAGUUGACUGAGCAAAUAACCGGUCUCAUUUUUAAAAAUUCUUAUGUUGUAUUUUAUAUUGUCUUUAUAUUGUACAAACUAAAGACAGAACCUCUGGCAAAGACUAAGGAAUCAUAAAGGGCUGGGGGAUUGCUGGCAAGGAGGAUCACAUCUCUACAUGAUUAAUCUGGGGAUUUAACUGCAGAAGCAGCUGGCAUACGAGAACAGGUGAAGUAGGAAAGUGAAGGAAGAGAGGAGCAAUCCUGACUCCUAAGUAUUGGUCAUGAUACCCAGAUCAACAGGAGACAUGAGUGACCAAGGCAGCUGAUACCUGUGCAAUUGGCACAAGGACCAACAGAAUGGCCACAUGGUGCGUGAUCAUGAGGCGGUUUUUACUUAGGAAGUUUCGAAAAAUGAUGAGGGAGUGUCUGCGGUUCUGUUCUUUGAUUCGGUACCAGUCACAAAGGUACAUGGCGUAGAUGUCGUAGACCAUAUAUGGAAUCAAAAACCAGACAUAUUCUUGGGCAAGCCAGUGCCUGAAAGAAAGCAUAUAAGUGGUCCAUGAAAUAAUUAUGAAUAUCAAUUAUGAAGGUGGCUUAAAACCAACCUCUUCUCAAACACAUUUCCUUACAUGUCUUUGCUCCAAAUACUUUAUGAUGAAUACUAGAGGCUCAGUGCAUGAAAUUCAUGCAUGGGUAGGGUCCGUAGGACUAGCUGGCAAUCAGGACAGAUCUGUAGGGCAACCGGUGGGGUGAUUCGGGGGGGUCCCCCCUGCUGGCACCUGCCUUGGCUGGCCUGGGGCCUACUGGCUGGGGGCAGCUCCUGCAUUGAGUGUCUGCCCCCUGGUGGUCAAUGUGUGUCAUAGUGACUGGUUAUUCCACUGGUCUUCUGCUGUUUGGUCCAUUUGCAUAUUAGGCUUUUAUUUUAUAGGAUAGGAUGAUGAAGUUGAUAGGGUGAACAACUUUUUCUAAAUUACAGAGAAAAUCUGUGUCAAAAGCAGAAAGCACCAUGUGUUUAAGUGACUAGCUGUCACUAUUUGCCUGGUUUAGCGACUCAUUUGUAAUGGAUUUUC